UCGAAGUCGUUUCAAGGCCAGUGAAGCUUCUUUUCCAGUCAUUGUGACAACAUAUAGGAACACUAUAACGUAUAUGCGUGGACUAGGUUUACAGAAAAUGUUUUUUGUCAUAGUUACUGAUAAGAUUAUGAUCUUUAGAACGAGUAUCAACACAAGAUAUGUAACGUCGGCUAUAAAACAAUGCUGUGAAUCCUAAACCUUGACAAUCAGCUCGAUUCGUAACGUAUAGAGGGCGAUCCUUAUAACGUUUACGCCCACUUGUACUUCAAUAACAUUUGCUACUGUUGCCUGUUGGUGAAGGGUUACCUUUAACGGGAAGUUUCAUUCUGGACCUUAACACUUUUUGCAGUUCCAGUAGCAAUAGACGCUUAAGGUGCAUAUAAAAUAAUGUGAGGUGUUGGCUUAACCCUUCUGUGUUAGUUACUCUCUUCCACCGAUACACCCGGAGCUGUCGUCCUGUAUUGAUCACGUAAUACACCUUGACUUAAUAUUCACUCUCGUCUCUGUGGCGAGUUUGCUGAAGCUAAGCUAUUAUUAUUAUUUUUUGUGGUAAUGAUGUUCUAUGAACAGUACCAUUGAGUCAUGCGGAAAUUUAGCCUUCCUUGGAAUAAAGGAUCCUCCUACAACCUUGAUGCAGCAUCGACUAGCGAGCAGAAUGGAAAAUUCAUCUCCAGGUAUCGUCAAACCUUCCCCUCAGAAGUCCACGAACAUGGUGGAAAUAGAGAGGAUUCUUGCUGUUAUUAUUAUAAUUACUCCCAUCAUCACACCAACACCUCGGUAGGCCAUGACAACAUUAACGUGAAGAACGAACAUUGUCGAUGUUCUUGUUGCUAUUUUCAACACCACCAGCACAACCCAAGACAGGUUAGGGCUAGGGGUAACAGUCUACCGCUCGUACAACUUUCCGAGCAUCAACAUGAAGGGCGCUUUGUAGGACCUAGGGAGGGAUUUGAUGAAGCCAUGUGGGUUGUAGAAGGCCAUGUGGCUCGUUCCAGCUGUCAGGAACUAAGUGUUCGAUCUGGCCAGCAGGUGGAGAGAACAAAUACUACAGCCUCAGGUUCAGAGUGCUGUAUGGUUCGUCAGCAAUGCUCUAGUGGUUCUUCCCCUCAUCAAGGUCUCGUAUCUUCCUCAUGUUUAAAACCUGCUCGAAACAUGCGUAGUACUAUCAACACAGCUAGUAUGGAUAAAGAAGAUGUUGAGGGCUUUACUGGUGAAGCCUCCCCAGCUAAUUUCGAACAGUGUCCCAGUCCUCAAGACGUUGUUUCUCCCAACAAUAAACAUCGAGGACCAUUGCG